AAAAAAUCAAGUGCUCGACGUCUCCAAAACACUUGAGUGCUGUAUAGAUUAACCGUUUUGUAAUGAUAUGUACCGAGGCGUGAAGAAACUAAACUCACAUCAGUUUGACACGUGGCUUUAAUGAUAAGCAAAACUAAUCUAUACUUGACAUUCACAGGGACAACUAUGAAUUCUCUCCAGGUGAGCUAUCAAAUAAUCAAUCACCAAACCGUGCGCAUGCACAUCCCCCUUAUCCCAAGUCAACCAUUUGGCGCCAAAGCUGCAGCCCCCUUUCAAGUUUCAACUGCAGUUAGGCAGCCACCUUCCCGCCUUUUCCUUCCUCGUAUCUUCUCCAGCUACUACUCCUUCUGUCCUUCCUCUCAUCCUCCUCCCUCCUCCUCCUGUUCACCAUAAAACCACGGCAUUGUAGCAGACGUUGCUAUCAAUGGUCACCACCGCAUCCACCUCGUCGCCACCGCUCUUUCGGCCACCAUGGCCAAAUUGCUCAUCCCAAUCAUCAUCUUCCAUGUCGGCCUCGUGCUGAUCGCUGUCGCGGCUGCCGCUGCCGCCGCACCACCAGCAGUGGCCGACGACGACCGGUCCGCGCUCCUCGCCUUCCUCUCGAACGUCUCGGCUGACCCCGGCAGCGCCCUCGCGGACUGGGGCCGCUCGCCGGAGUUCUGCAACUGGACGGGCGUCAUCUGCGGCGGCCCAGGCCGGCGGCGUGUCACGCAACUGGUGCUUAGUGGGAAGGGGCUCUCCGGCGUGAUCUCGCCGGCGCUGGGGCGGCUGUCUCUCGUCACGGUCCUUGAUCUGUCGAGCAAUGCUUUCGCCGGCACGAUCCCGCCGGAGCUCGGCGCGCUGUCAAUGCUGGCGCAGCUGAGCUUGACCAACAACCUCCUCGAAGGGGCGAUCCCCGCCGGCCUCGGCUUCCUCCAGAGGCUAUACUACCUCGACCUCAGCGACAACCGGCUCUCUGGCGGCAUACCGGCGGCGCUCUUCUGCAACUGCUCGUCCUUGCAGUACCUGGACCUCGCCAACAACUCCCUCGCCGGCGACAUCCCCUACGCCGACGAGUGCCGCGUCCCCAGCCUCCGGUUCCUCCUCCUCUGGUCGAACGACCUGUCCGGCGAGAUCCCGCCGGCGCUGGCCAACUCCCCCAUCCUCGAGUGGGUCGACUUCGAGUCCAACUACCUCUCCGGCGAGCUGCCGUCGCGGGUGUUCGACAAGCUGCCGCGGCUGCAGUUCCUCUACCUCUCCUACAACAACUUCUCCAGCCACGGUGGCAACACCGACCUCGGCCCCUUCUUCCGCUCCCUGAGCAACUGCACCCGCCUUCAGGAGCUCGAGCUCGCCGGGAACGACCUCGGCGGCCGGCUCGUCGGCGAACUCCCGGGCGGGCUCCGGCAACUCCACCUCGAGGACAACGCCAUCUGGGGCCCCAUCCCGCCCAACAUCUCCGGCCUCGUCAACCUCACCUACCUCAACCUCUCCAACAACCUGCUCAACGGCUCCAUCCCGCCGGACAUGUCGCGGAUGCGGCGGCUCGAGCGGCUGUACCUGUCGCACAACCUUCUCUCCGGCGAGAUCCCCGAGUCCAUCGGCGAGAUUCCGCACCUCGGCCUCGUCGACCUCUCCGGCAACCGCCUCGCCGGAGCGAUCCCGGACACGUUCUCCAACCUGACGCAGCUCCGGCGGCUAAUGCUCCACCACAACCGGCUCUCCGGGGCCAUUCCCCCCAGCCUCGGCGACUGCCUUAACCUUGAAAUCUUGGAUCUCUCCUACAAUGGCCUGCAAGGCCCGAUCCCGGCGCACGUCGCCGCGCUGAGCAGCCUCAAACUCUACCUGAACCUGUCGAACAACCACCUCGAGGGCCCUCUCCCCCUCGAGCUCAGUAAGAUGGACAUGAUCCUGGCGCUCGACCUGUCGGCGAACGAGCUCACCGGCGCUAUCCCGGCGCAGCUCGGCAGCUGCGUCGCGCUCGAGUUCCUCAACCUCUCCGGCAACGCGCUGCGCGGCGCGCUCCCGGCGCCCGUCGUGGCGCUGCCGUUCCUGCGGACGCUCGACGUGUCACGCAACGCGCUCUCCGGGCCCCUGCCGGAGUCCCUACAGGUGUCCACGUCGCUCCGGGAGGCGGACUUCUCGUACAACAACUUCUCCGGCGAGGUGCCGCGCGCCGGCGUGCUGGCGAGCCUCUCGCCGGAGGCAUUCCGCGGCAACCCCGGGCUCUGCGGCUACGUCCCCGGCAUUGCCGCGUGCGAGCCCAAGCGCGCGCCCCGCCGCCGCCGCCCGCUGCUCCCUGCCGUCGUUGGAAUCGUCGCCGCAGUGUCUCUCAUGCUCAGCGCGGUCGGGUGCCGGUCCAUGGCGACGGCGAGGGCGAAGCGGUUGGGGCGCCGGUCGGUGCGCCUCGUCGACGGCGAGGAGGAAGUGGAGAGGGAGCACCCGAGGAUAUCGUACCGGGAGCUCGCCGAGGCGACCGGCGGCUUCGUCCAGGAGGGCCUGAUCGGCGCGGGGCGUUUCGGUCGCGUGUACGAGGGGACGCUCCGAGGCGGCGCGCGCGUCGCUGUGAAGGUGCUCGACCCGAAGGGCGGCGGCGAGGUCUCCGGCAGCUUCAAGAGGGAGUGCGAGGUGCUGAGACGGACGCGGCACAAGAACCUCGUCAGGGUGAUCACCACCUGCAGCACGGCCGGGUUCAACGCGCUCGUGCUCCCCCUGAUGCCCAAUGGCAGCCUCGACGGCUUCCUCUACCCGCACGGCGGCGGCGACAAUGGCGACGGCGGCGGCCUCGACUUCGGCCAGAUCAUGGGGAUCGCGAGCGACGUCGCCGAGGGGAUGGCCUACCUACACCACUACGCGCCGGUCAGGGUCGUGCACUGCGACCUCAAGCCGAGCAACGUCCUCCUCGACGAGGGGAUGCGCGCCGUCAUCUCGGACUUCGGCAUCGCCCGGCUCCUCGCCGGCGCCGGCGCCGGCGAAGCCAGCUCAACCAGCGAAGAGUCCGCCCCGUGCAACUCCAUCACCGGACUGUUGCAAGGCUCCGUUGGGUACAUCGCACCUGAGUAUGGAUUGGGAGGGCAUCCAUCGACGCAGGGCGACGUGUACAGCUUCGGCGUGAUGCUCCUGGAGCUCAUCACCGGGAAGCGGCCGACGGACGUGAUCUUCCACGAGGGGCUCACGCUGCACGACUGGGUGAGGCGGCACUACCCGCACGACGUCGCGGCCGUCCUCGCGCACGCGCCGUGGCGAGGGCGGCCGCUGCAGUCGCCGCCGGCGGCGGCGGCCGAGGUCGCCGUCGUCGAGCUGAUCGAGCUCGGGCUCGUGUGCACGCAGCACUCGCCGGCGCUGCGCCCCACCAUGGCCGACGUCUGCCACGAGAUCACGCUGCUCAGGGAGGACCUCGCCCGCCACGGCGCCGCCGACGGCCGCCGCUCGUUCUCGACCAAGGACUCGCUGUUCUCCAACUAAAUCCACAACGAAUUCUUUAGGAUAAAUAAUCCAUCAGUGCACGCAAACCACACGCCAGGAAACAUCGAUCGAUGCGUGCUGCAGCUGCCGCUGCUGUUUUCGUGGUGGUGGAUUCGACGACGGGUCGUCUCCCUCACCUCCGGCCGGCACCACCAUUGAUGAUUUGUUUAUUCCAUGGUUGGAAGUCGCCUACUAAACUAGUGCUGAUUCUUUGAGUUGUUAAUUCUGCAAUGGAGGCGGCACUCGAUUAAACCCGUGCUGCGUGUUGCGAACAUGUCGGACUCCAUUAGUAGCCGUUUAGGAAGCGAAAAGGCUCUUGAGUUAGGUCAUUAUUCAGGUGCUCACGAUCAAGCAUAAACAAAACCCUAGCUACUACUUAAUUGUACCCGAAAGAUCAUGGUCGGCGCUGUCAUUCGAUGCAUCUGAUGAAUGAUCAUGUAUGAUUGUCUGAAGAGAAUGUAAUGCCCUCUUC